AUAAUAAGCACUUUGGACAAACUUGGACUCACUCUCUCUCUCUCUGCUAUUAGAUUUUUUUUCUCUUCUUUUUUGGCUUAAAUCUCAUUUUUCAGGCGCCUAUGGAGGGCUCGACCUCACAGCCGUCCGAUGCGAAUCCAACGGCUCCUGGCGCUUCCAAAUUCCUCUCCGGCCUUCCCUCCCGUGGCCUCUUCUCCUCCACCGUCAUCUCCUCCAAUCCGGGAGGGAUGAGAGUAUAUAUUUGUGACCAUGACACAGCACCCCCAGAGGGUCAACAGAUAAAAACAAACCAACAAAACAUAUUGAUUAGAUCACUCAUGCUUAGGAAACAGAAGGGCGAAGCUAGUUCAAAGGAUGUGAAGGGUGUAGCUUCAAGUGAGGCUUCUAGAAAGAGGGUUGCUGAAAGACCUUCAGACAGCAGAACUUCAGCUAAGAGAGCCAAUAGUCAAGUUGGUUCUCGACAAGAAGGAUCAAACAGUCAAGCAUCUAAUAGGGACUUCCAGAACUUCACAGUGGAGAGGCUUCGUGCCCUUCUGAAGUCAAAAGGUCUUUCCCCUAAAGGGAAGAAGGAUGAGCUGAUUGCGCGCCUGAAAGGGGCAAGUUGAUAAGCGCAUAGUAGGAAGGAGAGAGAAGGGAUGAGAUUGGGGAGACAAAUCUGCCCUCCAUAUUUUCACAUCCAGAGCAAGUAGCUUGUUUGUUCUAUUCGAUGUAACAUAGGAUUAGCGUAUGAUGGAACUAGUUCUGAUCUAAAGGUAAAUCAGCAGACAUUGCAUUUUGAAUGGUGGUGUAUUUUAGCUUUUAUUCCAAAUAUUUUUGUAUAAACUAUCAUGUGUGUACUUUUUGUUCAGUUUUUACUAGAAAUUUGAUACAUAGAGAUCUUAUCUUAGACAAUUAAACAAA